AUGGGUGCCAAAAAAUCCGUUGUACCGGCCCCGGAGUCUGAUCAGAGUCCGUCGCCGCUGGCUGCGGGACAGAAUGGCAGCCUGCUUCUAAAGGUGCGGGUUAAGCCCGGAGCAAAGUUCACUCAGCUCGUCGGCAAUUUCGAGGAUCCGCUCGCAGUACAGGUCGCAGCGCCGCCGAGAGAGGGGGAGUGCAACGAAGCUCUCGUGGAAUUCAUCGGUGAUGUUUUGAAACUAAAGAAACGAGACGUGUCUUUGAUAUCUGGCCACAAGUCUAGAGACAAGGUCUUAGCUAUCACCGGUAUUGCAAUGUCAUCAGCGGAAGAGCUCCUACAACGGCAGCUACAGCUUGAUGCGUGA